CAGAGUCCUAGACAAAGCACUGCGAUAAGCGUACCUUGACCCACCAACUGACAGACAGACAAAAUUCAAGUUUAAGCGCCGGGAAAUUGUAACAGUGAUAAAGACAACAACAAAGUGACGAGGCGACUUUUGUUACAUAAUUUUUUCUCUGACUUUUUUAUUUCUUCUAUGUGUUUGUGUUGCAUUUAUAGUUGAAGUUGUUUUGCUCAAAUAGAAAUGUUCAAAAAGUGUAACGCGACCAAGUUAAGACAAGCAGCCGCUAUGUUGUAAACUUAAAUAACUUACAAACAGUUACAUAUUUAUAUAUUAUAUGUACUUUUAUAUAGUGGCUUGUGAAUGGAAAUAUACUCUAUUACGUCGAUUUGUCUUUAUCUGGCUGUCACAACACGGCCGCUUUGUGCUCGAUUUAAUUAACCCCAUUCCGUGGGCCAUAAAAGUCAUUGGCAUGGCAAAGGCGCGUCAAGUGGCAAAAAUGUGAUGAACUAGAAAUCCAAAAACUCACGUUGCGUCAGUUAAGACGUGGUGUUUGUCUCUUAUCAGUGGUUGUAGUGUUGAUAUUGCAGUUAUUUUACGAUAUUUAAAUGUGGAUUAUAUACAAUUUAAAAGUCUUCGUUGGAAAACAACACUCCGAAUCACUACCUUUAAUUCUUCGAAUAAUUAAAAAAUAAUAACAAUUCUAAGUGGGCCAUCUGACAAUUGCUAGUAUUACAAAAAACAAAAAAUAAUAAAAAAGCAACAACAAUUUCCAUACGACCACACAACGAUAUUUGUGAGUGCAUAAAAACGCCAUAAAAACCUCGAUUCAGAUAAAAUGUGGUUGAUCUGCCGCAAAUACAACACCAAUAUCUUUUCCACAUUAUUGCUACACAUUUUUCUGCUACUCAGCUGUCAUGCGGACUACGCCGUCGCACAGCGCAACAAGAACGACACGAAUCAGGUGUACGUCACGGAAUCAUGCCUGGAGAAGCCAUAUCGUUGCCCACAUCCGAAGAUACAAUUCUACCUCUAUACGCGUCGCACACAACAGAAUCCCGAAUUCAUCGAUGUGCUGGACGACAAUGCGCUCUACUACACUCACUUCAAUCCGCGGCAUCCCACCAAAGUCAUUAUACACGGCUUUGGCGGCGGCCGCAAUAACAGCCCUAGUCCGGAUUUGCGCGAGGCGUACUUCACCAUCGGCGAUUAUAAUAUCAUAAUUGUAGAUUACGCCGAUGCGGUGAAGGAGCCUUGUCUCAGCCAAAUGGAGUGGGCGCCACGUUUCGGCAGCUUGUGCAUCUCACAGCUCGUCAAGUAUUUGGCGCGUCAUCCGCGCGGUGUGCGGCCCGAUGAUUUGCACUUCAUUGGUUAUAGCGUGGGCGCACAUAUUGCUGGACUCCUAGCGAACUAUCUGAAGCCGAACGAAGGUAAGUUGGGUCGCAUCACCGCCUUGGAUCCGACCAUUUUCUUCUAUGCGGGCACGAAUAACUCGCGUGACUUGGACUCGAGCGAUGCUCACUUUGUCGACGUGCUGCAUACUGGCGCUGGCAUAUUGGGGCAAUGGCAUUCCAGCGGUCAUGCGGACUUUUAUGUGAACGGUGGCACGCGACAGCCGGCGUGUGUGGGUUCAGCGACGCUAUUUCAAACUCUGGCCUGUGAUCAUACGAAGGUGACACCGUACUUCAUCGAGUCCAUAACCUCGUCGCGUGGUUUCUACGCGGGUCCAUGUCCAAAUCUCUUCACUUAUCUGAUAGGUUGGUGUGAGCCAAAGGAUUCCGAUUAUGUGCUGAUGGGCGAACAUGUCUCGCAUGAAGCUCGUGGCAACUACUAUGUAACCACAAAUGCCAAACCCCCCUAUGCGCGUGGCUUUCCAGGAAAGGGACGCUCCGCAAAUAAUGGCGAGUAUCAGGGCGUGCGCAGAUAAUCACAACUACCUAGAAUCAUUCAUAUGUAUAUAAAUAAAAAAUAAUAUAGUUAAAGUCCUUUGUAUAAAAGUAGUGCAUAUUUGUGAUUUUAGUUUUAGAAUUGGGUUUUUUUCUCACUGUGUACCAGUUAAUGUAUUUAUGUUAAUUAUUUUAAAUUGUAAAUAGUUGGAUUUUUUUAAUGGUUUAAGCGUGUAGAAAUGGAAUUAUGUACAUAUAGUAAGGUUGGAAAUGAAAUAUAAACAACGGUUUCAUUUGGAAUUCAGAAAAAAAAUUAAAAAUUCAAAUCUAAAUUCGAGUUCUAAUAUAAAAAAUCUCUUCGAAAUAAUUUUCAUUUCAAAUUGUGUGUGUUAUUACAAUUAUUAAAAAAUUAGUAAAAAAUUAUUUAUAUUUUUAAAGGAAUUUGAAAUUAAUUCUAUAUUUUGGAAAAAAAAAUAAUUAUAGGUAUAAAAACCUUUAUUUCCACCUUCAGAUUCAA